AUGGCUUCGGUUGAGGCCCAAGCCAAGCAUCUAGCCUGCGAACAGGUUUGUGAGCUUUCAACUUGCUGUGCUGAGGUGCCUUGCCGUGAUGUGAUACGACAAGCUCGUGUGACGCGGGUUCGUUCGAAGGGCUUGCAGGCUCUGGCAAAGGUGAAGCUCAAGAAGAGCGAAGAAGGAAGCCACAAAGUUUUCCAGCAGUUUGGGCAGUCGAUGUCAGUCAAAAUUUCGAAAAUAGACCUGCCCACCAAGUCUGGAAUGCCACACAUCCUGUUCCGGGACUGGCUCAAAGAGCUCGUCGAAAACGAUGACUUGGACCUGCUUGUGGGCACCAAGGACGUUGGUGAGAUGGAACGACGCCUGUCCAUCUUUUGGAGCAGAUACGAGCAAGUUCAUCCCGAGCACAAGAUCUACAGCCGAGCAAGGGCAGGUGUGCUGCAGCUGAGUCGCUGCAUCCCUGUCCUUUUCCAUGGUGAUGAAGGGCGUUCAGUGAAAAAGAAACAGUUGAUGGUGCUGUCGAGCCAUGGCUGCUUAGGCAAGGGAAGUAGACCUUCUUCGCACCUUGAUGGGCUGUCUGGCACAUCAGCGGAUCCAUUGAAGUUGAACAUGCUUGGAUCUACGAUGAGAACACACUUUCCUUUGUGUGUGCUACCCAUUCAGCUCUACUCCCAGUGCGAGGCAGCUUUCCACCAGAUGCUGGAAGUGCAAGCGCGUGACUUCAAGAGUUUGUUCCUCGAAGGAGUUGCAAUCCGCGACAAGCACUACUAUGUGUGCUGCCUUGGGGUUAAAGGCGAUGCGCCUUUUCUUGCGAAAGCUGGCAGGUUCAAUCGCAGCUUUACUCGUCGCCCCACACGGGCGCAAAGCAAAAAGCCUUGCACUGGAAUCUGCCAUCAAUGCUCCGCGGGAGAUGAGUCAAGGAUUCCUGCGAUGCCUUUCGAAGAGUACGGUGUUGAACGUCCUUUUUGGUUGCAGUCUGAGGGCGAAGUUGCAGCUUACACCACACCAUCAGCACUGUUGGCAAUACCUUAUGAUGAUGGUGAUGGCUCAGCCAUGUUCAAAUGGGACCUGUUUCACAAUGUUCACUUGGGCAUUGGAAAGUACUAUGCUAGCUCCGCCGUUUGCACGAUCCUAGAACUGGUGCCACAGUCGUUGCAGCAGGCGUUUCAAACUCUGACGGAGGACUUCCGCACAUACUGUUCUGAGCACCGUGAGUCACCAUACCACAAGAGGCUCACCAGCAGCCUUUUUGGUGUGGAGGCCAGCUUUCAGGAUUGCCCAGACGCAGGUUGGAGCAAAGGGGACUUUACAAGGCUCAUUCUUUGUUGGUUCGAGGACUACUGUGCCCGAAACGUUGUUGGAAACACCCAAGAUCCGCUAUACCUGAAGUGCGUUGAGGCAACAUCUUCGCUGAACAACUUUCUCCGUGGUCUUUAUCACGAGGGCUUGUUCAUCUCAUCUGGGACAGCUGGGAGGCUGGCAAGGGAAGGUCUCUGCUUCUUGCGCCUUUACGCUGAACUCGCGAUGCUGUCUUACCAGAGGUCGGCAAAACGAUUUCCACUCGUCCCAAAAGGCCACUACAUGCACCAUCAGUGCCUGGACUUGCUAAGGCAGUCCCAGAAGUCUCAGUGGUGUGUGAGUCCUCUUCUGUUCGCCUGUCAGUGCCAGGAGGAUUACGUGGGAAGGCCAAGCCGGUUGUCCAGACGGGUCAACCCAAGAACGACGUCUUUGCGUGUGUUACAGCGGUCAUUUUUGGCCAUGCGGGGUGCAGAGCAAGAAAGCUCAGCACCAAAGAUAAUUAGAUGA